AUGUUUAACCAACUUCUGCAAACCAGAAAUUCUGCAUUUCUGUCAACAAUAAGGGAAGGGGAUAUUCAGAAAGCCUUCUUCAAAUGUACAAAAUGGCAAUUGGAGGAAACAUUAGAUCCAAUCAACUGUCCGUACCACUACUACUGCAACAGCAACUAUCUCGGAGAUUACCCGUCUUGGGUCGAUAAUUUGGUGUUUGUCUUCAUCACGGUUACAUUCUUAGCAACUACAGUUCUAAUGGUGGUGGGGAUGAUAGGAAGGAGAAAGCCAACUCUGCUGACUCGACUCAAGCACCUACGGAGAUACUUUCUACCAUCAGGUCCGAUUUUCUUACCCGUCAUCCUUGUUAUCAUGGCAAAGGGGCACAGGAUAAACACCACGUUCCCUCUGUCAUAUAAUGGUCCUGCAAUUUUCCAAUUAGUUCAGGUUUCGGCUCUUGCCUUCAACACUAGAACUGAAAGUGACAUCAAGUACGUCUUCCUGGAGGCAUCAACCAUAUCAGGAAUUAUACAUACAGCAUUACACUUAGACUCCGUAAUCCUGCCUUACUACACAGGUCUAGAUGCCCUAAUGUUGUCCAAGUUCUCAGGUGAAUGCUUGUCAUGUGUCUGUAGGCAACAAGUUCUAGUCGUGGGAGGAAUGUUGGUCUAUAGGGGAUGGUCGGUGACGACUGCUUUGGUAGUGGGUACUCUAAUACUCAGGAUUUUUUCCAGAUUAACAGAAAACAAAGGUAAAACCAUGUUGAUGAAAUCUAUCAUGGAAACUAUGAGUUGGAUCUUAAUGACUGUAGAAUGCAUCUAUCUACUAAUCAUUCCUCCACCUGUACAAACUUGGACAAAAGCAGCUAGUUUUAGUGGUGUUACAUUUUUGAUGUGCCUCCAACUCAUAAAGCGGCUUAGUGCUUUUAUUGUCGCUUUAUGUAAUGGAAAGCAGAAAGAUGUAGGAUUGUAG